CACUCACCAGUGCCCCGCAAUAUUGUGAAUUUUUUAUUUUGUGAUGUGUUUAUUUAGCAUUUUUUAUUGUUAUCAUCCAUAUAUAACAGAAUAUCGACUUUCUGUGUUAAAACCUCGUUUGUAACUCAUUCUGUUAUCAAAACCAUAAAAUAUUAUGUAGCGCGUAUAACGGAUGCGUCUUCUUUAACAUUCUUCUACCAUAAAUGUAUAACGUAAUGCUAGUUUCGUGAUGUUUUUACUAAUUGUGCCCGGGUAACGUUAGAAGAUGCCUUUCAAGUUGAAAUUGAAGAAAACGCGACAGUACAAUGUCGCGUCAAAAAGUUUGUUCGUAAUAAGUGUCGAAUUACUCGAUGGUGGAAUAGCAGAUUGUACUUUGUCAGUGGACAGCACGGGCCAGGAAUGCCUCGACAACGUGUGCCAGAGGCAGGCGAUCAAUCAGCCGGAGUUCUUCGGCCUCCGUUACGUGAAUCGGAAUCAGCAGCCGAGAUGGGUGCAGUUAGACAGGCCGUUGAAGCGUCAGCUAGAGAAAUAUUCGUCGGCUCACCAGCUCUACUUGCGUGUCAUGUACUAUGUGAUAUCCGGCACGAGUUUAAUAACGGAUGAGGUGACGAGGUAUCACUAUUUCUUGCAAUUGAAGAAUGAUCUAGUUGAAGGCAGGAUAAUUUGCGACUUCCAGCAAGCUGUGGUGUUAGCUUCGUACAGCCGACAGGCGGAGUAUGGCAACCAUGAUAGAGAAAGGCAUACAGUAGAAUAUUUGAAGAAUUUGUUGACUUUCCCGAAGCAAAUGUUAGACGGUGGCCAGAUAGUAGAUAGCAGUAGUUUAGCUGAGAAUGGAAGGCUGGAAUGGCUGACUGCGGCUGUGAUACAGCAUCAUAUGUCUUUACACAACAUGUCACAGGCACAAGCAGAGGAGGGCUUCAUCACAACAUGCCAGCAGCUGCGAGGGUACGGGCAGGAGAUGUUCGCGGCGAAGGACCAGCGCGACCAGAGCGAGGUCACCAUCGCGAUAUCGCUCACCGGUAUACGCGUGUUGAGCGACACCAGCGACACUCCACAUUUUUAUCGGUGGAUGGACAUAACGAACGUGAUAAACCACAAGCGCACGUUCAGCAUCGAGUGCCAGCAGCAGGGCGAGUCGGCGGCGUUCGCGCUGCCGUCGCCCGAAGACGGCAAGUACGUGUGGCGCAUGUGCGUGCACCAGCACACCUUCUACAUGCGCCACCAGGCCGCGCUCAGCGCGCCGCGCGACGAGCACCGCCCCAAGUUCCAGGAGCACGGUCUCUCCGAGAGUCGCGAAGAGUUAGACGCGAGGGACACGGGGAGCGCCUCCCGGUUGGAGCCUCUCACCGCGGCGCACAGGGCGCACUCCACCUCCUGCCUGGAGCUGGCUGAUCAUAGACCGCAACCCAGGAAUCGAGCACUGUUACCAUCAUACCGUCCCGCGCCAGAUUACGAAACCGCCAUCCAACAAAAAUACCAACAACAAAGAGCUGAAGCGCAACUGAGAUAUCAGAACCAUCACGCACAUUCCCAACUCUUGAACACGAAUGCCCAGCCUCUAGUAUACGGCUCCCAUCCCGAUAUACACCGAAUCCACUACCCUGAUGUCACCAGACACACUGUGCCUGUGAAUCAAGGGGUUUCUGCCACUGAUGAUUACGCCUACGGUCUAAAAUACGUGGGUAACUACCCUAUCGCGGUCAACCCUAACGUACAAACAGACCCAGCGUUGCAUUAUGUCAAUGUUUACAAACCUCCCCCUCCCUACCCCUCCAACGGCCUAGCAUCAAAUUCCACACCAGAUUUAGCCGUCGCUAGUCAAGCUCUAAACUAUCACAGAGGCUACAUUAACUCCCACGUGUCCGGUUCUAGCCCAGACCUAGUCUCCACCCGCACUGCCCUCAAUAGACAGUAUCUAGGUUACGUGAAUCCUGGACAUGUGCUAAAUUACGGCCGUCCCAACAUCCUUCCAGCCACGCACGGUACAUAUAACAAUCUACCGUCAGUAUUAGACCCAAAUCCUCACAUAAUAAUCGAUCCCCAUCAUAUUUCCAAUAACAUCCAAAAGGUUUACGACGAAAGAGGGAAUAUAAUGUACUCGAUGCCCAUGAGAAGGAUAUCGUACCAGAGGCAUUUGGUGCUGCCGCAAAUAAAGCACAGCGAGACACAAGAACCGAUAUACGAGAACGUUCCACUGCCGUGGCAGAGCGAACAGAAGAUAAGGGAAAGAGCACAAAGCUUAACAACUACGGAUGAAAUAUCGCGGCUGAACGAACGGAACAGCAGCCACCCGACGAUAAAUAACUACGGAAACUCGAACGUGCCAAGCUAUCCCGUGAAAAUAGAUAACGACAGUCACUACGUGAACGCGCAAAUCAUUAAAGGUGUCAGGGAGUCGAGCGUGCCAAAGGACUUGAGCUCGUCCAAUCGUACCAUAAACAAAGACUUCGACACCGCUCUAUCCAUAGACAAGCUAUCCAUCAGGGACGAGAAGGACUACGACGAAACGCCGUAUCAGAGUCUGUCGACGCAUAAAAUAUCGAACAACAAUACGAUUAGCAAAUCGGUGGAUAACGUGACAUCGAUAAGUGUACCUGAUAUAAGAGUUCAGGACACGUCGCACGCGACAACGGACAGUGCUUUGUCGAGUUCGAUAAUUAAUUCGACUUACAGCACCAGCGUUGAGCUGGAGGCGAGCAAGAGUAGCAAUAAGGAGAAGAAGCGGCGCAGGUGGGGGAUGUUCAUGGGGAGGGGGAACAAGGAGGUGAAGAGUGCUACGUUGGGGAGGGAUAGGGCGAAGACAGGCCAGCCCGCUAACAAGCACCGAUGGUCGACCGGCCUGCCCAAGUUCCAGCCGCUGCCGCCGAGCAUUACCAAAGAAACAUUGUGCCAAUUGCUGGAACGCAAGAUGUCGGACGAUCAGCUGUCGUUCGCGUUCGAGCAGAUCCCGAAGGGGCGGGAGGUGGAGGGCGAGUACAGAACGGCGCUGUUGCCGCAGUACGCGGCUUACAAUUGCGGGGAUUCCCUCCCCUACGAGGAUAACAGAGUGCGCCUGCACCCCACCCCCGAGAAUCCGCAUGGAUACAUAAAUGCCUCGCACGUUACGAUGACAGUUGGCAACUCGCAGCGCUUCUACGUGGUGGCACAGUCGGGCGGCGCGCAGCAGGCGGCGCUGCUGUGGGAGUGCGUGUGGCAGGCGGGCGCCCGCCUCGUGGCGCUCCUCGACCCGCACCCGCCCAACUACCUGCCGCCCGAUCAUCAUUCCAAGGAUUAUGGGGAGUUCCAGGUGUGGUGCGGCGCGUGGUCGCGCGCGGCGUGGGGCGGGUCGGUGCGCGUGCGCGUGCGGCGCGGCGCGCGCGCGCGGCACCUGUGGCACGUGCACUACGCCCGCUUCCACCUAGCCGCGCCCAUGGACGACGUCGCCGGCUUCCUCGAGUUCCUCUCCGAGCUGAACGGGCUGCGGCUGGCCAGCGAGGCGGAGGCGAGCGCGGAGCAGCCGGCGGUGGCGUCGCGCAACCCGCCGCUCGUGGUGGCGUGCGCGCGCGCAGCCGGCCGCAGCGGCACCGCGCUCGCCGCGCACCUGCUGCUGCACGUGCUCGACACCAACCAGGAACUGGACAUACCUCGGACCAUAAGUAUGUUACAUCAACAAAGAGCCAACCUCAUCGAAAACGUGCAUCAAUACAAAUUCCUUCACCAAGUGCUUUUACAGUAUUUAAAACAAUCUAGACUUAUAUAGACUGUUAAAUGAGUGAGCGUGCUAUCUCUCUCUAACGUAUCGUGUUAGAACGAGAUGGUACUAUUCUAUCGAUCGUUUGUUGAAUUAAUAAUGAGAUAUUUAUUAAUUGUUAACUGAAAUACGAAUAAGCAAUUUAAUGGUAUUAAUUAUUUGAAAAAAAGAAUAAUAAUCGAAUUUUUCUACAAGUGUUGCCACAUAAUUAUAUAUAUUUUGAACAUGGUGUUGCUCUGUGGCAUUCUGUUUGGAUAUAUUUAUUCAUUGUAUUAUUAUUUAUUUACGAUAAAUGUUCCAAUGAUUGGUAUUUUAAUAGCAUAGGAAAUAAAUAUAUUUAUAUGUGAAAUAUAUAUUUCGAAUUUAUACUGUAUUUGGAUUACAAUUGAGAAUUUAAAAAGUAACCGAUGAAAUUGAUUUGCUCAGUAUGUAGUCAAUAAUGAUUAAAAAUCGUUACUAUAAUAUACAUUAUACAAUUAAUUAGGACUGACACGGCGCUGCCAUUUUCUUAUAAUCUUGUAUAUUUUGUUUUUAAUCUGUAUUUAAUUAAAAAAUAUUUUUUAUGAUAAAUUCCUAAUCCAAUGUUUUUUUUUUUGUCAAUUUGAGUAUCGUACAUUUUUUUUUAAUCUGUAUUAUUUAAGGUGCCUCAAUGGUAAAACUAAGUUUAAACUCUAGUUUCCAUGCUUGUAGUGUUUAAGUGGAACCAUGUGCCUUAAAUCGGAGAUUAUACACGAUCUGAUGUCGUUCUUAUGUGCCUUUGUUUUAUUUUAUUAAACGUCUAAUGAUUUGCACAAUAUACGCUAAUUUCGCGCCAUUUUAUCAUGUAAAGAAUAUUUUCAAAUAUGGAAUUCUCAACAAUCUUAAUUUAUUAUCUGUCGAGUGUUUUUUUUUCAAAUUAGUGAUAUAUUGUUGCAAACAUCACGUAAGUAACGUAAGAUAGAGUUUUUAUAAUUUUUCAAGAUAACACGACUAACGCUUUUAUAUGUAAAAAUAAACACAUAGGUACCAUAUUUGUUUUAACUUAGUUGUGUAAUUUUUCUAUUUAGUGGAUUGUGCGUUUGUAUAAUAUAUAACUCGUCAGUAUUGAUAAAAAUUAUGAAACGUAUUAAAUUAUAUUGAAAAUCGUAGCAUUUAGUCACUGCGUUGUUUUUUGCACAUUUGUUUUUUUUUAUAAAAAUUGUGUUCAUUUUUUGUAUUGUUAUUAUAUCUAGUCCUAUCGCAGCUCUGGAAGUUAAGGCCUUCUCAAUUAUAUAUUCACUUUACCGAUUUUUAUGUUAACUUCAAUAGCACAAAUAUAUAAAUCAGUUAUUACUUUGUCUUGUUAUGAUAAGCAUCAUCAACAUUAAAAUGUUUAGUGAGGCUCAAAAUUAAGCCAGUAUGUUCUGAAAGAUUUAUUUAUACAAAUGGUAUUCUUUUAGGUGCCUGAGUAAUUAUAUCAACAGAUCAUAUUAAAUUAGUGGGCAAUAUGUUUUAAAUAAAAUCUUUACAGGUUCUCGCUUAUAAAUAUCGAUUAGUGUGUCUUGAAAUCAUUCGAUACAAAAACCAUAAUUGGACAGGGAUUUCUCUUUGAUAUAUAUGUUAACUAGCUGUUGCUCGCAGCUUCGCCCGCAUGAUCUAAAUAAAUUUUCAUUACCCAUUUUAUCUUCUUGGGAGUAGAAUUAAUCAAGACCCUUUUUUAACGGUACCUACAUCGUAUUUGCUACCUACGUGCUAAAUUUUAGCACGAUCGGUGCAGUAGUUUGGGCUGUAUGUUGAUGGAUCAGUCAAUCACAUUUGCAUUAUAUAUAUUAAAAUUAUUUAUUCUGUUUCUAAUACCACUUCAUGAACAUAGGUGCCUUAUACAACUACAUUAAAAGCUUUAUUAAAGAAACACUGUGCUCAAACAUUAUUCUCAUUCUGAUUUAAACAGUUAUACUUACCAAAUAACAAAUGCUUUAGUUGUUAAGUCUGAAUGUAUGUGGCCUUAACUAAUGUCUCAAUUUUUGUACGUUUGUAAUUUGCUCUGUAUAAACUCAAAUUUAUAUGAAUUAGUGAAUGAAAUGUGAAUAAUUAAAUAAAAUACUUAUUUGAAA